GUCGGUCUGGGGAUUGAACCGACAGCUCUCUUCUCUAACCUUUAGGCCACCGCUGCACCCACAGCUGUAACACUGCUGCAUAUGUUCAGUUUGAUUGUUAACGACAAUUUAUAGCAGUAGCUGUUACGUAAUACCACACUCCUCUUCCACUCAGUGCCAGAUUUGGGGCUUUACUCUGAGGUAAGAUCCUAAAGUUAGCACACAACACCCAAACGGGGCAAAAUGCCGUCAGCCUCAUCGACUCAAAACUGUGACAACGCCACAAGAUCUUCUGCUACUCUUAAACGAUGACACAUUUAAAUAUCUGGUCUUAUCAGGAGGGCUCCACAGAGAGCAUAUACGAACCACCCCACAGCCAAACACUCGUCCGGGACGUUCAUCCCAAGUACCAGGGCAGCCCUUCUCUCUACAGGUGUAAGACUGAAUGGGGCGGCUCAGAUCCAUCCAUCCAUUCUGACCGACCACAGAGUACAGUAAAAGUAAAGAAGAAUAACAGAAGGUCAUGUGUGCCAACAUCACCCUUGGACAAUGAAACAUUAGACAUCCAUUAUACCUGCUGUAUGUCAUCAAGAGACAAGAAGGACUUCUCUCAACAAAUGAAAGAGAUGUGUAAAGGCCCGUGUCAGAGCAGCAUGUGGACAAGAGAGGACAGAGUGAAGGAGACACAGACCCAUCUACAGGCUCAGAGUGCUGAAACUGCAGCUGACACAGCAGAAUCCAUACACACCACGGGAAGACUAAAGAAGUUACAGAACCUGGUGCAAACAAAGACGGGACAUCGGAGUGGAGCGGGAGGAGGCAAGAGGACCUCCGAGAAUAACGGUGAGGGCCACGUUCCUCAACCUGCUCAGGAAGCUGCAUUCAGAUCGGAUUUGUUGAGUAACAACAAUCCAGUGCUAACGUGCAUCGGCCUGGGGAGGAGAACCGAGAAGAAGCCCUCUGAAACGGCCCCAUCACCACAGCAGCAACAACAGGCCAAAGAUGUCCGUAAAGAUUCAGAAGAGGAAGGAGUUUGGGGCCCGCGGCUUGGAAAUUAUCGGUGGAACCCAUUCGAGUGUCCGCAGCCCUGGACUCCCUUCUACCACACAUGUCACCAACCUGGACAUGAACUGUCGGGGUGUGGCGGCACCUGGUCGCUGCCCCGGACCACAGAAUGGGAUCGCUUUGAGAGUUUGAUACAGGAGCUGGACAGCAAACAGCCCGAUCUGUCUCCUAAACAAAUGAUGCGCUCCAACACGGAUCUGCAUCUCUCACAGAACACCUUGACCAGAUUUGGGAGAUUUGAAGCCUGCAGACAGCCCUCGCCUUUGAUGAAACCACGGGAUAAUGGAAGCGCUCCGCAGGAGCAGAGUUGCGAUCCAACCAAACUGAGGCUGCAGAGGAGGGAGACCUCAUCACACAGGGACAGGAAGCACGCCAAGGCCCCGCCUGAGAAAAUGUUGACAGCCAUCACUCGGAAGAUAACAAAUGACAGGGAGGGAACCAGAAGCAUAUGCGGCAGAAUGCAAAUGUCACCUGGUGUUUUUACUGUGCAGACUGGAAACACACAGAAAGACGAAGCAGAGAAGAGGGAAGUUGGUGGAGGGCGACCCUAUAGUAAAGGACACAGGCGGUCCAGUAACUCUCUGGAAAGCCUCUACAGCCUCCAAAGUGGACAAAGCUCCUCAAGUGGAGUCACCAGUGGGUCGGGCUGCUCCAGUAACAGAGACAGUCUCAGGCUGGAGGAUGAUCUUUUGUCAAGAAGACAGUUCUGUGGCAGAGCUAAAGUCCAUACAGACUUUGUGCCAAGUCCAUAUGACACAGAAUCCCUCAAACUCAAGGUGGGAGAUGUGAUUGACAUAAUCGCCAAGCCCCCCAUGGGAAUAUGGACAGGCAUGCUUAACGGCAGAGUGGGAAAUUUCAAGUUCAUUUAUGUGGAUGUGCUAACAGAGAAGAGUCCUGACACACACAAGGAGACACAAACCCACAGAGUGAGACACAAAUCAACUGCCCAGGAAGUUUUAAAGCGCCUCAGUUUGGAGGAGCAUUUCUCGUCCUUACAGCUGAACGGCUACCAAACAGUAGAUGACUUGAUGAGGCUGAGGGAGCACCACCUGACGGAGCUGAAUGUGACUGAUCCAGAGCACAGGCAUCGCCUGCUCGACGCUGUCGACUCCCUGCAGCAAAUGCGCUCUAAUCGUCAGUUGGAGAAUGAAGCCAAUCAGGAGGCCGAGACCCUCAGCGAGAACACAAAGGCAGAUAUGAACAACUGCCCAAGAGACUCCGGCUGCCACAUGCCAUCUGACAGCCCCGACAACAGCGCAGAGGACACAGACCUUCACUUUCUCUGUGAAUACCCUCUACCAGCUCAGACCGCAGCUUCAUGAGAAUGUCUUUAUAAUCUGUUGUAAUCUUUAUGCUGCUGUUGAGAUGACUUGUGAAUAAAAAAAAAUGUAUUUCUUGCAA